AUGUCCAACAAUGAGACUAAUGUCACAAGUAAUGUGCUAGAAGCAUCUGGAAUGUCGAAGAAAAGAAAAAGAAAAAGAAGUAGGAACAAAAAUCCCACAAAUCCUGAUAAUCAAGGUGAGAUCUCAUCUGAAUCUUUACCUAAUGGACAGGUUAAACAACAAAAGACAGCCAGUAAGGACGGUAAGAUCAUAGAAGGUAUACCUGGUGUCGUGGGAGAUAUCCCUGUAACCCAAUUAUCCGAAAACCCAAAGUUAGAGAGGGAUACGAGAGGACAAGCUUACGAUGGUAACAAGAAAGGGCAUUUCAAGAAACCGACUUUCGAAUCUAAAAAGAAUAAAUCAUUCGAUAAUUACAAAAGUAAAGACAAUAAAACAGUCAAGUUCUUUGAAAGGACCAAUGAUGAGGAUGAAGACUACCAUAGACCAACGAAUAUGAGUCGUAGCCAAAGAGCUGAUAAAGCUAAUGAGCUUCUUGAGAUAAGAAAGACACUCCCUAUUUAUCAACAUAAGGACGAGAUUUUGAAAUAUGUGGCAGAAAAUCAAGUAGUUGUCAUCAUCGGGGAAACGGGGUCCGGUAAAUCUACCCAAAUUCCACAAUUUUUGAUUUCUUCGAAUAAGGGACAGAUAGCAGUGACACAACCUCGUAGAGUUGCGGCUUCAUCAUUAGCACAGAGAGUGAGUGAAGAAUAUGGCUGUGUUUUGGGAGAAGAAGUCGGUUAUCAGGUCAGAUUCUCCAAUGUGAGUAACAAUAAAUUAACCAAAUUAAAGUAUUUGACAGAUGGUAUGCUUUUAAGAGAAAUAAUGCUCGAUAAUAAAUUAAACAAAUACAGUUGUAUUGUCAUUGAUGAAGCACACGAAAGAACUAUCCUCACGGAUAUGAUCCUUGGUUUUUUGAAGCAGUUAAUUAAUUCAGGCGAAAGACCAGAUUUAAAAGUGAUAGUGAUGUCCGCAACGUUGAACGCUGAAUUGUUUAGUCAAUUCUUCCAAGCUCCGAUUUUAUUCAUCGAGGGAAGAACUUACCCGGUUGCCAAAUAUUACCUUACUGAUUCUUCAGAAGAUAUCGUUGAUACUAUAGUUCGUGCUGCUGUUCAAAUCAAUCUAUCUGAGCAACAAGGAGAUAUAUUAUGUUUCUUACCCGGUCAGGAAGAAAUUGAUACGGCUGUAAAUAUCUUGUCAACUAUUGCUCCUGACUUACCCAAAGAAGCCCCAAUAAUCGUACCAUUACCGCUUUAUGCAGCCUUAUCCCCAAGUCAACAACUGAAAAUAUUCGAAACUUUACCUAAAAAUAGAAGAAAAGUGAUUUUGGCCACAAAUAUUGCCGAAACGUCCAUUACUGUUAGUGGUGUAAGAUAUGUUAUUGAUUCAGGUUUGAGGAAAGUCAAAGUAUGGAAACAUGAAUUAGGUUUGUCUUCAUUGUUGACGACCACUAUAUCCCAAGCCUCUGCUAAACAAAGAGCUGGUAGAGCUGGUAGAGAGGCUCCAGGUAAGGUCUUCAGAUUAUACCUGGAGAAAAUCUAUCAAUCCGAAUUACCCAAAGAUCAAGAAUCAGAAAUUAUGAGAAACGAUAUAGUUCUUCCUAUCUUGACGUUGAAAAAGAUUGGAGUGGAUGAUUUGAUUUACUGGCCAUGGUUGGAACAUCCUGGUGAAACGGCUAUUUUGAGUGCUUUGAGUACGUUGUAUUCAUUAGGUGCCUUAGAUAACAACGGUAAGAUCACAAGCCUAGGUUACAAGAUGGCCGUAUUACCUUUACCUCCACAAUUAUCAGCAGUUUUAAUCACAGCAAUGAAUUCCGGAGUCUUAAAAGACGUCAUAGAUAUCGUGUCAUGUAUAUCUGUCGAUAAUCUUGUUCUUAACGUCACCACUGGGGAUGGAGAGAUGAGAGAUGAAAUCAACUCCAAAAGGAGAAAUUAUUGUCCUUUAGGAUGUAGGUAUGGAGAUUUAAUUGCAUUCAAAGAAUAUUUCCAAUAUUUUGAGGAGUUGAAUAGCAUGGGUAAUACUGAGGAAUUGAAAAGCUGGUGUUCGGAACUUCAUUUCAAUUUCAAAGGGUUUAAGAACGUGUUAAGAAUCAGACAGCAAUUAAAAGAUUAUAUGUUCGGUACCAUAAGGCAAGAUGACUCCAUCAACAGAGACGAAAAAGACCAACAGUUAAAUAACUUGAAAUCUCAAUUGGUUCCAGACUAUGACGAUAUUACCAUCAAAAAGCCUUUAGAUAUUCCAAAUAUUCUAAAAUCUUUCUUGAAAGGUUAUAUCACCAAUACUGCUAUUGGAAUGCCUGAUAGAUCUUAUAGAACUUGUACAAAUGGUCAAUUGAUCAGUAUUCACCCUUCGUCCAAUUUAUUUGGAAAGUCGAAUCUUGAUGCCAUCAUGUAUAUAGAAUAUGUCUUCACAUCCAAGGGUUAUGCUAGAAAUGUUUCAGCCAUUGAAUUAUCAUGGUUGCAAGAUGUCGCACCUCACAUUUUAGGAGGGACAAAAGUAACAAUCAAAGAUUAA